AUGCGGAAGUGCAGUGGCUUGCAAGUGCUGUUCUGUCUCCUGGGGCUCGGUCUCUUGCAUCUAUGGCAGAGUGGCUUUCAACUGAGUCCCGCGGCUUGGCAAGGGCAUCCAGAGAGCGGACCGCAGGAGGUCACAGCUGUUCUAGAGGCUACCGAGGCCGUAGCGGAAGAGUCGCCAGAAUCUGGAAAUCUGACGGUCGACCAGUGGGGUUCGGCUCUGUCAGAGGAUGCCGAAGAUGGCGAGUUACUGAACAGCACGGCAAGCACUGCAAGCACGGCGCUGGAGCAAGCGGAUGCCAGUGAGGCUUUGACCUGGUUCCUGCGAGAAGAAGCUUCGGACCCUCCGGGCUUCUCUGAGUUCCGAGACCGGCUGCUCUCUGUCCAAAAGCGCGGGCACAGCAAUCCCGAGUCCGUGAAGUGGGUGGUCUUCACAGCAUCCAUAGGACUAGGGAACUGGAUGGCGGGGCUCUCCUCGGCACUUCUGGUCGCAGGGCUGACUGGCAGGGCUUUCGCAUGGAUCCCAGCUUCGAUGCGGGAUGUUUGUACAUGGAUGGACUCGCCCUUGUGCGAUUGGGCUAGGCAUCCUGUGCACGUGAUUGAGGAGGCAGAGAAAGCCCUUGAAGCGAUCGCAGCAAAUCCGAAGGCGAAGCCAAGGAGCAAGUCCGUCGAGGUGCUUGCAAUCGACUGGAAAGGCUGCAAGUACGAGAAACUCCGCUGCAUGCCAAUUACACAGAAGCCGAUCUUGCUUUUGCUGUCUGGAGUCUGGGUUGGCAAUGUGCUACUGGAGAACCUGGAUUUCCUUCCUAUUUUGCAGCAAGCCUUCCAGCGGCAGCUUGCAGCCCAUGGUGCACCGCAUGGUGGACAGGAUAGAGUCAUUCUGGACACGUACGGCCCGUUGGUUCGCUGGAUCUUCCCGCCAGCGGCCGCCGUGCGCAAGGAGACGGAAGGCUACGUACAGAGAUACUUGCGGUCCGGCAACGUCUCCAUCUGCGUUCAAGGCCGUUGGGGCAACAGCCGAGAAUUCCGAGAUGCGAAGAAAUGUAUUGAUCAGAUGAUGGCAGCGCCCUGGUGGCCAAAGGGCAAGACGGUCAUGCACGUAGCAUCCAUGAAGCAGAGCUUUCGAAGAAAGGUCAAAGAGGCUUACGAGCCACAGGGCGUGCUCGUGACCUGGCCUUCCUGGGACACGCACGUGAAAGGCCAGAGGGACGAUGUGGUCGGGUACAAGGACAUGCUCCUCCUGGGGAGUUGUAACAUCACUGUCGUUCCGACCGGUGGUUCCACUUUCAGCUACGCCGCGACGGCGAUGUAUCAUCGCGUCAGCCUUCGAGAUGCCGGAGGUGCCAAGAGGAACUGUGGCGAGCUGCAGCGCUGGCCCUACGAGCGUUUGUUUCCGGAACCACGUCAACAGCUUGACCUCGACCGUAAGUGCCGCAAGCGCUCGAAGGCACAUCCGAGAGGGCAGCUGCAGUGUCCCGACGGCGGGUCAAAAUUUCUAUUUCUCGUUGUCGUCGUCGAGCCUAGCGCAACUCAGCGCAAUUCUGAAGGCUGA